AUGGCGAUUAUGACCAGGUUUGCUAUUGAGUAUUACCAGGGCAUGCAGGCUUUAAUAUUUGCUGUGGAGGAGAUUAACUCAAACCCUGAGCUCCUUCCCAACAUCACUUUGGGCUACGAUGUCCUUGAUACCUGCUAUACUUUACGGCGAGCAGCACAAGGGACUCUUUCAAUGCUGUCCGGAGGAACACAGAGCACCCCAAAUUAUAACUGUCACCAAGGGACUCGUCUUGCUGGUGUUGUUGGUGACUCAGGAUCCACACGAACCAUCCUUAUGGCCCAAAUCCUGGGGCUGUACCAGUAUCCACAGCUUCUACAAUACAUUAAAAAAGUGAACUUCAAGACCCCGGCUGGGAAUCGAGUAUUUUUCGAUGAAAGAGGGAACCCUCCAGCCAUCUAUGAUAUUGUGAAUUGGCAUCUGACUUCCCAGGGCUCCCUGGGGCAAAUCACAGUUCCUGUUUCCAAGUGCAGCCCAAGCUGUUCCUCAGGAUUUAGGAAGGUGAUUGUACCAAGGAAACCCCCAUGCUGCUAUGAUUGUGCCCAGUGUCCCCAGGGGCAAAUAUCCAAUCAAACAGAUGCUGUGGAAUGCCAUCCAUGUUCCUGGGACACGUGGCCCAAUCUACAGCAGGACAGAUGCCUACCAAGGCCUACAGAGUUCCUUUCCUAUGGAGAUCCUUUGGGUUACAGCUUAGCAGCCAUUUCCAUCUUCUCUUCCCUGAUCCCACUUGGUGUUCUAGGAGUUUUUAUUCACCAAAAAAAGACGCCAAUAGUCCGAGCCAACAACUACUCCCUUAGCUGCCUUCUCCUGCUUUCCCUGUUCCUCUGUUUCCUUUGCUCUUUAGGGUUCAUUGGUUACCCACAGCCUGAAAAGUGCCUUCUGCGCCAGGUGGCAUUUGGGAUGGUUUUUGCCCUCUGCAUCUCCUGUGUUCUGGCCAAAACCAUCACUGUUGUCAUUGCCUUUAAUGCAACCAAACCCGGCAGCAGGUUAAGAAAGUGGACAGGGGUGAAGGUCUCCUACUGUGUCAUUGGGUUUUGUAUCUUUGUUCAGAUAAUUGACUGUGCACUUUGGCUGAUCUUCUCUCCUCCCUUCCAUGAACUUGACACUGACACACAACCUGGUGUGAUCAUAGCUAAUUGCAAUGAAGGAUCACCCACAGCUUUCUGGUGCAUGCUGGGAUACCUUGGCCUCUUGGCCUCCAUCAGUUUCAUUGUUGCCUUCCUGGCCAGACGCCUCCCUGACAGUUUCAAUGAAGCCAAAUUGAUCACAUUCAGUAUGUUGGCUUUCCUCAGUGUGUGGGUGUCCUUUAUCCCAGCCUAUCUCAGUGCCCGGGGCAUGUAUACUGUGGCAAUGGAGGUCUUUGCCAUCCUGUCUUCCAGUUGGGCUGUGGUGGGCUGUAUCUUUGUGCCAAAAUGUUACAUUGUAUUGUUUAGACCCAACCUAAACUCUAGAGAGAAUCUUAUAGGAAAAAGGACAACCUAA